AUGGGCAUCUGGGUCUUUCCCAUUGCUCUCUCGCUGCUGUGCCUGACUCCUGGGAGCCUGCAAGGCGGACUGCCCCGGCUCCCUCCCAAUGUGGGGAAAGGCUACAGCCCCUCCAGUGGUCUGGGAGCAGCCUUUGGAGGUGCUAAACCUCAAAAGCCAGGCUCUCCAGCUCCAAAUGGCUAUGGAACAGGUGUUGGUGGGGGUAUGGAAUCUCCAAAGUCAGGCUCUGGAGGGGUUGUGAAGCCCCAGAAGUCAGGAUAUGGACCUGGGCUGGGAGCAGGAGUCUUUCCAGGGGUGGGAGCACAGCCAGCCCCUGCACUUCAAAACGGCCAUGGACCAGGCAUCAGAGGGGGCAUGAAACCUCCAAUGUCAGGGUUUGGAGCUGGGGCCUUCCCAGGAGUUGGAGCCCAGCCAGGUUUGGGAGCUGUCACGAAGACUCAGAAACCAGGAUUUGGCAAUGGAAACGGCCUGGGAGCUCAACCAGGCUUUGGGGGAGUUGGAAAACCCCAGAAACCAGGCCUUGGGAAUGGAAAUGGGCUGGAAGCUGGGGCCUUCCCAGGAACUGGAGCCCAGCCAGGCCUUGGAGAAGGAAUGAGACCCCAGAAGCCAGACUAUGGAGGUGUGAAGGCCCAGAAGCCAGGAUUCAGGAAUGGGAACGGACUUGGCCUGGGAGCCCAGCCAGGUCCCUCAGCUCAGAAUGGCCAUGGACCAGGCAUCAGAGGGGGCAUGAAACCUCCAAAGCCAGGGUUUGGCAAUGGGCAUGGAAUAGGAGCUGCAGCCCAGCCAGGCAUGGCAGCCCAGAGUGGAUUUGGAGCAGGUUUUGGAGGGGGCAGAAAACCCCACAAGCCAGGAUAUGGGAACGGAAAUGGACUGGAUGCCCUGCCAGGAGUAGGCGGGAAGUCUCAGAAGCCAGGCCCUGCUGCUCAAAAUGGCUAUGGACAAGACUAUGGAACAGACAUGAAGUCCCAGAAGCCAGGAUUUCGGAAUGGGCAUGGGCUUGGAGUCCAGCUGGGGUACAGAAAUGGGCUGGGAGCUCGAGUCUUCCAAGGUCAAGGAACACAGCCAGGGUACAUGCCAGAGAACAGGCUGGGGAUGGGGAUCCCGCCAGGCCUGGGAGGGGGAAUGAAACCUCCAAAGACAGGCUACAGCAAUGGAAAUGGAAUGGCAGCCCAGCCAGGUCCCUGCAAUGGUGGGAUUGCCCCACCACAGCUCCUUCCCAGGUCCCCCACUCCAGCAGUCCCUUCAGACAAAGGCAGUGCCUGGGGCCUGAAAUCCCAGCUCCUACCCCCAGUGCAGAAUGGUAAAUUCCCAGCACCAACUCCGGCCAUGCAGUGGGGACCAAAGCCUCAGAAAGCAGGUUACCAGCCUUCCAAUGGCUAUGGAGCUGAAGCAGAACCUGGCUUCCAUGGCCUCAAGCUGCAGAAAGUUGGUUUCCAUUAUGGGAACGGAGCUCUGGAAACUGGAAUUUUCCCGGAGACCCUGCAGUCAGGGUUCCCCAUAGCCAAUGGUUUUAGGAAUGGACUCAGGGAGGAGACUCUUCUGUACCCCAAAGCAACAGUUCCAACCCUAGAGAGAAAUGGUCAGGCUGGGGCCCUGCAUGGCUUCCCCUGGCCAGCCCUCCGGCCCUGGGGGCCUGGAAUGAAGCCAGGUUAUGGAUAUGCAGGCCUUGGGAACCAAGCAGGGCCCUAUGGGCAGCUGAGGCCAGAGCUGGGACUGGAACAUUUUGGGGAUCCUGAAGUGAAGGCAGAUACCAAGAGCCAACUGGGAAAUGGUUACAGAGGACACUGCCCUUCUGGGAAAUGCUGAGCAUGGAGCCUGUUCCCCACCACCCCGAGGGUCUCUGCAUUAGAGCCUGGCUAGAGGAGCACAGCAAGGGAUCUCCAGACUUGCCCAGGGCACUGCCAAGCCUGUGGUAUCCUCUGGGCUGAAGUAUUAAUAAAAGCCGUAUGAUUCGUUGUU